AUGGCUUCCACUACUACCCCCGGUGUCCCGCCAGUCACCUUGGACACUAUCACCCAGCAAAUCGGCAAUACACCCCUUGUUCGUCUGAAUCGCUUGCCCCGCAGCCUUGGAAUCGAUGCCACCGUCUACGCCAAGUUGGAGUACUUCAAUGCCGGCGGCAGUGUCAAGGAUCGCAUUGCCUUGCGCAUGAUUGAAGAGGCUGAGCGAUCUGGCCGCAUCAAGCCUGGUGAUACCCUCAUCGAGCCCACUAGUGGCAACACUGGUAUUGGUCUAGCACUGGUUGGUGCCGUCAAAGGCUACAAGACCAUCAUCACUCUACCGGAGAAGAUGUCCGCCGAAAAGGUCGCUGUCCUGCGUGCCUUGAAUGCCACUAUCAUCCGAACACCCAAUGAGGCCGCCUUCGACUCCCCCGAGUCUCACAUCGGCGUGGCUAGACGCCUCCAGAAGGAAUUGCCCAACGCUCACAUCUUGGACCAAUACGAAAAUGUGAACAACCCAUUGGCACAUGAGCUUGGUACUGCCGAGGAGAUCUGGACCCAGACCAAGGGCCAGAUCAACGCUAUCGUGGCUGGCGCUGGAACCGGUGGUACUAUUACUGGUCUUGCCCGUGGUCUCCGAAAGCACAACCCUGAUAUUAAAGUGAUCGCCGCCGAUCCCUUUGGAUCUAUUUUGGCUCUGCCUAGUUCCCUCAAUGAAUCCCGUGCCAAUGAGCCUUAUAAGGUUGAGGGUAUUGGAUAUGAUUUCAUUCCCGACGUUCUGGACCGAGAGGCAGUGGAUCAAUGGAUCAAGACUGAGGACAAGGAGUCUUUCAAGUACUCCCGCCGUCUGAUUGCCGAAGAGGGCCUGUUGGUCGGUGGUAGCAGUGGCAGUGCCGUUGCAGCUCUGGUCAAGGCUAAUGAGGCCAACAAGUUCUCCAAGGACGAUGUUGUCGUUGUGGUUCUCCCCGAUAGCAUCAGAAGUUAUCUCUCCAAGUUCGCCGAUGAUGAUUGGCUCGCAGCCAACGAUCUGCUCCCGUCGCCUCCCGCCGUUGCAUCGACCAUUCAAACGCAGCCCGAGUCUGACCCUCUAGCCAAUGCUAAGGUUAGUGCCUUGCGCUUGAAGCCCAUCACCACUGUUACCGCCAACGCUCCUUGCGAAAAUGCCAUCGAGGUCAUGCGCGAUAGAGGCUUUGAUCAGCUUCCCGUUCUGGCCCCCUCCGGGCGCAAGCUUGUCGGUCUCGUCACGCUGGGCAAUGUUCUCAGCCGACUGACACACGGUCGGGCUUCAGGCCAGAGUCCCGUUUCAGAGGUCAUGUUUGACUUCUCCAAGAUCUCCGAGGUCGUUACCGACCCCCGUGAUCUGUCCAAGGGCCUUGAUUCCCUCAAGCCUCAGACUCGGAGCCGUGGCUUUAUUGAGAUCACCAUGGAUACCCCCCUUAGCGUCCUAAACCGUUUCUUCGAGUGGAACAGUGCUGCGGUUGUGACUGAGAAGGAUGCAAAUGGUGCAAUGAAGCCUUUGGCUGUUGUCACCAAGGUGGACCUGCUCACUUGGAUGCUGCACCAGUCCAAGGCAAACAAGGCCUAA